AUGGUCAAGGUGCGUAUAUUGCAAGAUACCAAGAGCAUGGAGUCCAAAAAAAUACAAGGGCAGGGGUAUAGGCUUGGUAGUACCCGCGAACAAGAACUCGAGGAGGCAUUACGUGAUAGUAUCAAGUCCAAUUCCGAAAUUACUAAUGACGAAUUGAAACAAAUGAAAGAUGAUCUGGCCUUGAAAACUUCAGAGAUACACUCCUUAGAAUCCAAGUUAUCAUUAGAACCAAUCAAAAUUGGCGGUGAGACAGAUGAAAAAAAAAUACCGAAUUCUAUCUCACAGAGUGAUGAUGCUAUCGCAUCUGAUAUACCUAGUAAAGAUCUCAGUCAAUAUUUUAUACGUGGAAAAGGUACGGAUCAAGUUGGAAAAAUCAAUACAGAUAUACUGGAUCGCACUGAUGAUAAAAGUGCUUCUAUACCUGAGGAAUUAGUAAUUUAA